GGAUUUCUAAGGCUUCUGAUUUCCCGAGAUUGAAUUUCUAUAUUCCCAACUGUUCCAAGACGUGGUCGCUUUGCUAUUGUACCCGUUCACCGCCCUUUAGUCUUCACCGGAUUGGAGGAGCCCGAGCGAGAUUGCCCCCCAUACCGGUAGCGGUCUCAAAAUCAGAGAAUUAUUCACCUCCAUACCUAAGAGUACGUCCUCGACUGCCCGUUCUACCUUAUAUCGCGCUAUUGACUUGUUUCGAGGUCCGCGAAUGGAUUUUGAACCGCCUCGGUUGGCGACAUAAAUUAUAGGCUACCAUACCGAUAGUGACAUCUUAUCGCUUUUCCUACCCGACCUUCGAAAACAGCCCGGAAGUGAGUUGGAUACCUGAUGGAUCGGUGGGCCCCCCCUUCCCUCCAGUGUCUGUGAUUUCAUAAAUGAUAAGCACUCGCCUAAUAACCUUCCCAGAAAAAUCCAAGGUUGCAUUAGGGGAGACUUUAGCGGGAACUCUGGGGAUCAUAACGUUUUUGGUAGUUUUAAUAACAAUAAUAACGUAUACACGGGUUACCUGAACAAUGCUGCCAAUCACGGAACAAUAUAUCAAGGGUGUGUGUUUGGAGCUGAGGGCAGAGGUAUAUCAAUUCUCGCGAGAGGUCCCUGGGAGAGGACUAAUGUGUUAUCACAACUGGAAGAAGCGACUGGACGGUAUCGGAUAAUCCCCUAUCGCAGAAACAGCAGGUUCACUGGCCGCAAAGACCUCAUUGAGUCGAUAAAGAGGCUUUCCGGGUGCACCAGUCACACGCGGAUCGCACUUCAUGGAUUAGGCGGCUCCGGGUAUUUCCCCAUUUCUGUUAUCUCGGGGGUUUGCUAACAUUGCUUAGAAAAACUCAGAUUGCCCUUGAAUACGUCUAUCAGCGCGCAAGCGAGACCGAUUGUCAUGUUUUCUGGGUGCAGGGGAGUGGGCUAUUAAAAUUCAUUGAGGGUUUCAGGGCUAUUGCGCAGCAUGUUCGAAUUCCACUAGCCAGCGCCGAGACGAACCAAGAAGAAUUACUAGCUAGUACAAAGAGGUGGUUUGAAGGCCCGGACAGUGGUGAUUGGAUACUAGUUAUCGACAAUGCCGACAACGAGGAGGACUUCAUCGGCAACAGCGGUCCCAUCUCCAAAUUUGUACCACAAGGCCCUAGGGGUACUCUAGUAUUCACCACCAGAUCAUUCCGGGUUGCAUCCUGGCAGGAUUGCGAAAGGAUUGGUGUUGGGGAAAUGGGGGAGGAUGAAGCCACGGCAUUGUUUUCGAAACGCUAUGGUAACGGGAACAGAUUAGGAGAGGAAGAGAAGGAGGCCAUCGCAUUGAUCUUGGGCUCCCUGCACCGCAUCCCGCUGGCAAUUGUAGGAGCAGCAGCCUUCAUGACAGAAACCCAGACACCGCCCUCUGAAUACUGGACCAUUUUCCGGGGAAGUGACGAACAAGCAAAGAGACUCCUUUUGCAGCCGUUUUGUGAGAUACAACGAGAGGCGGACAUGACCGAAAGUAUCCUAGCCACGUACUUUAUCACCUUUGACCGAAUCGCGGGGCAGAUGCCCCGGGCGGCGGAUCUUCUGCGUCUAAUUGCAUGCUUCGAUCGUCAGAACAUACCCGAGGAGCUAUUGGGUUUGGGAGGGACGGAUGAUCCAAUUGAGUUUCGUCAGGCCAUAGGAAAACUAUUAGGAUUUUCGCUCGUCACGGCCGUCAACCGUGAGGAGAAGACAUUUUACGAACUUCAUCGUUUGGUCCAACUGUCUUUACAAGUGUAUUUACCAACAGAGGAGUUGGACCGAUCGAGGGCCGCUGCGCUGGGAGUGGUUUCAAGGUUGUUCCCUCGCCAUUGGCAGACGCGGAGAGACGUUGGUCCCGCAUACAUUCCACAUGUGCUUGCAGUAACCAAACAUUCAACUGACCCUAUUGCCGAAGAGCUGUGUUUUCAGUUGGGGCGGUACUUUGUGGAUAUGGGUUUCUACAACGACGCAGAAGGUCAAUUGCGUCGAUGUAUAGCACUGCGGGAAGAGAAUAAAGGGUAUGACUGGGAUAAGGAAGGUCCGAAGAGGGUUACGCUUCUGGGGGCAGUAAGCGCAUACCAGGGGAAGGCUGGUAUGGCCGAGGAGAUGCUGCGAGAUUCAUUAGAGGAUAUUGAGGGAUCAUUGGGCCCAAAUAAUCCUAUCGUCCUGGAAGCUUUCGAUGGCCUGGCUCUGGCGCUCCUGUACCGUGGAAAGUACGACGAAUCAGAGAAGGUGAAUCGGCAUGCGCUGGAAGGGUAUGAGAAGAUUCUUGGACCAGACCACCCAAGCACCCUAACAAGUAUCAACAACCUGGCCAAUGUACUACAAUCCCAAGGAAAGUACAAGGAUUCAGAGAUGAUGAAUCGGCGUGCACUGGAGGGGCGCAGGAAGAUUCUUGGACCAGACCACCCAAGCACCCUAACAAGUAUCAACAACCUGGCCGAUGUACUACUAUCCCAAGGAAAGUACAAUGAUUCAGAGAUGAUGAACCGGCAUGCACUGGAGGGGCGCGAGAAGAUUCUUGGCCCAAACCACCCAAGCACCCUAUCAAGUGUCCACAGCCUGGCUAUCGUGCUAGAAUGCCAAGGAAAGUACGACGAAUCAGUGAUGAUGAAGCGGCGUGCCCUGGAGGGGUGCGAGAAGAUUCUUGGCCCAGACCACCCAAGCACCCUAUCAAGUGUCAACAACCUGGCCAUCGUGUUGAGAUCUCAAGGGAA